GCCCACCAAACAGACCACGCGCGCGCUGCCUCCGCCGACCCGCGGCACCGCACUGACGCGAGCACCCACGAAAGGGUCGGCUCGGGCGCUCGGUUCGGUUCGGCUACACCCACACCCACACCCCGGCCCGCCCCACUCAGAUCCCGAUCCCAAAUUCCGUUCCAUUUCGGCACCACCCCAGCCGCCCGCUUCGCAUCGCUAUGUCUGACUGCCGCAGCCUCAUCGAGUUCCUCCGCGCCUCCGAGCACCGCCGCCGCCGCACCUCCUCCCUCUCUUCGGACCCGGCGUCCCCUUCGUCCCCUCGCCCCCGCCGCGCCUCGCUCUCUUCCUCGCGGUCGCGGGGCGGGCUCUUCACCUCCCUCUGCGACCACUCCCCGCUCGCCGCGGUCGACGCGCUCGUGCUCCUCGCGUCCCUCGCGGCGCUCGCGUUCCUGGCCGCGCCCUACGCGCGGCUGCUGGCGGUCGAGGCGCGGGAGGCGAUGGCCGCACUGCACCCGGCGGCGUCGUGCGUGCCGCUGGCCGCGGGCAUGGCGGCGGGGGCCGCAGUGCUGGCUUGGGACGCGGCGGCCCAUCGCGCGCGCAGGUGCGGCAGGCCGCGGUGCCGCGGCCUGCGCAAGGCCGUCGAGUUCGACAUCCAGCUGGAGACGGAGGGGUGCGUGCACAGGCUGCUGCCGCCAGGCGGAGCUGGGGCCGCAGCGCGGCCGGUGGAGCUCGGGGACGCGCACCGCGAGCUCGAGGCAGAGCUGGGGGACGGGCACCGCGAGCUCGAGGCGGUGCUCAGGAAGAUGGCGCCGCCCAAUGGCCGAACCGUGCUCAUCUUCCGCGCGCCGUGCGGGUGCCCCAAGGGGAGGAUGGAGGUGCGGGGCGCUAAGAAGGUGCGCCGGAUCAAGAAGUAGGGAGACCAACACACCGAAGGCUUCUGCUUCUCCCAUGGCGACAAGACAUGAAUGAACUAUUACUGUUCCUGUUCCAUCUCAAGUGCUUACAGUUUCUACAUACAUAAUAGCAUUACUGUGCUCUGCUCUUGUAGUAAGUAUAAUGAGCGUAAGGAGAGGAAUAAUGGGAGUUAGAUAUAGCCUUCUCCCUUUGCCGGCAAUUGUUCGUUGGGUUUUGCAAUAAGUGGCUAUUGCCUGUUGGGUAUAUAAAUAAGCGCAGCGGAGACAUUUCCUUCUUGGUUACUCUGAACUCGUUUAUGCCAUGUGAAUGACCAGAUCUUAUUAGUUUA